AUCAAAGUUUAUGACCAAAUAUUUUUACAAUUCCGCUUUUUCUUGAAAUUUCAAAAUUUUCCCUCCCAAUCUAAGACCAUUUCCUUCUAUCUCACUAUCUCAAUCACGAAUAGAAGAAUCUCGAAGUGCAAGAAGAGCUCCAGUCAUUUGCUAUGGCGUCUGAAAACUAUUUUCAAGAACUUCAAUUCUCAGUUCCGGAUGCUAGACAGAAGGUUGAUGGCUUUUCUGUGUUUGAGGCCGGGAGUCCUCAAACUAUCGACAACUGGGCAAACUUAGGUGGGAAAAUGGACAGUGAAUGUUUACAAACAAAGCCAAAGUAUAAUAUACGCAAGAGUUUGGCUUGGGAUAGUGCCUUUUUCACAAGUCCAGGAGUUCUGGACCCGGAAGAGUUGUUCCAGACACUUAAAUUCGGGAAUACAGGAAAUUCACUUGACUUACUUGGGAACGAGGAACAGAAGGUUGUGCCGUUUGAGUCGCUGGAAGCAGAAAGGACAGAUGGAAUUUGCAAAUCCAAUCUUCGCAAAAGUUUAGCUUGGGAUAGUGCCUUUUUCACUAGUGCAGGAGUUCUGGAGCCUGAGGAAUUGUCUAUAAUAAAUGAAGGAUUCAGGAAUUUCGAAUCACAUCCACUUCCUGGGAUUGAAGAAGAGCUAUGGAGGUCUGCUGAAUCAAACUCUACCGUAGACAGCGAUGGCUCCCCUUUAGCAAGCCUUGAGAUGGAUCUGUUUGAAGACAUAAGAGCAUCUGCACAUAAAUUAACUCAAGCAUCCAAUGCAACACCUCCUAGUUCCAAUUUUCAUAGAGGAAGACACAUGAAAAAUGUCCACUCGUCAAAGAAAGAUGAUCAUUCCUCUCAAGUUCGGAUGAAACACACGCCGACUUCCAGAUGGAAUAGUUUCGCCAGACGUGGCUUAGGGAGGGUCGCAUAUGAGUCCUCUGUUUCAGCUCAAUCUCAGCAUGGUGCUGGCACUGGAGUACACAAUCCAAAAUGUGCCGCUGAAAUUGGAGAAUUCAAUCCAAAUCAGGCAGCGAAAAAUGGAGAGCCGCAUCUUUCAUCAUCCCUCAAGCCCCCAAAGAUAUCAGGUCGGACUGGGCAAACUUUGAAAGCUCUUCCCAAAAGAGCUUCUUUGGGUCCAAACCAUGUCAACUUGGAAACUCCAACUCUGAAAGCCACAUCUGGGGCCUGUUUGACUGUUUCAAAGAAACCUUAUCUGGGGGUCUCAUCAAGUGGGAUCCGUAGUUCUCUUCAGUCAUCUUUGUUGAGUUCUCCCACUGCCACAACUGAAUUCGCAGUUUCUAGUUCCCCACACGGCAGGUUCUAUUGCUCUGCAACUGAUAUCAAAUCUCCUUUAAGCUAUUUGAGAGGAGCUGGUACUGAGCGUACCAAUUUUGUUUCCACCAACUGUACGUCACCUGUUAGCUCCAUUGAUGGAUGCUCGUUGGAAUCAUCGUCAACUUCCACGAACCAGGGAUCAAAUAAGUCUACAGCACAGUCUGAUACUACAAUGGAGACCCAUCAGCAUGAUGAAUACCACGUUGGUUUUGAAUGCCGGGAGCAAAGUUCUCCGUUUCAAGUUUCCAAGAAAAUUCUAGCAGAAAGUAGUGCUGGUCCUUCAGAUGUUUUAAGAAAUAGCAAACCUUCAUGUCUUAAAAGGCCAUCCCCAAAGAUUGGAUUUUUUGACGCGGAAAAUUCAACAACCCUGAUAUUACAUCGAGGUCCACAGUUUCAUUCGGGUGUACCAAGUACUUCAUCUAAAAGUGGAACCGGUAACAACCCUGAUGGAGCUGGCAACCGAGCAGAAUAUGGCAAGCUUCAGCCUACAAGAAAAUUAAAAGGGGCUAGGGAUACGAAGACCGGUUCUCAGAAAAUAAGGGCGCACAAAGUAUUCAACAGGCCUUCACAUCCUCUGCAGUUCGGGGAAGCAAAAAAAGUUUUACCGCAAGCAUCUAUCUCCAUGAAAGAUAGUUUUGCCACAACUUCCAGAGCUUUGAAUAAUUUACCCAGCAGAAUGGGCAGCAAACAUUGCUUGAAAGCUAAGAGUUUGAGCAAAAUGGGAGCAGAGUGUGAGGAUCAAGGCUUUCUAAAGGCCAAGCCGCGAUCUACAAGAAAGCGUGAGGAUUCCAGCGUACGAUCUCCUGAAAUAAAGUUGCAUGCAGUUGUUGAAGACGAGAAGGAAAAUUUUUAUGGUGUCAAAAAACAAGUCGAUAGUUUAGGUAGACGAAUUGGAGCCUUCGAUCUCAACAGUGAGAUGGUGAUAGAGCUAUGAGAGAAGACGGGAUCCUCACUUACUGCUCAUCUUCAGUAAUUCUCAAAGCCAUGCAUCGGUAAUUCUAUUUUAUCCAGGGCGGGGACCGUCUUUAUUGAUAACAAUAAUACAACGCUGUUCUGAUGAUCAUGUUUAAGCUGAGCCGAUUGUGCACGGUCCAAGUCCUCCUUGGCCGUCUAAGAUUGCAUUCACGAUAUAAGGGGAUUAUUUGAGUAGCCAAUAGAAUAAACGUGUGAAAGAAAGUAGAGAAGGCAGAAGAAGAAAAGAGUGAAGACGAGGGAGGCAUAAAUUUUGUCCUUGCAGGAGUAGACGGAAAUGUGGCAGAGAAGGCAGAAGCUGGACAGAGUGCGUUUAGAUGAUGGAUGCGAGACCGUAAGGGCUGUACAGAUAAACAGUUUGCCAACCCGACCCCAUUUUCUGAAUCGAGCCGAACCGAAAAUAACUGACCCGUUUUAAUAAUUUUCGGUUUUGAAAUUUUCACUUGAUUUCCGAUUUUAAUCGGUUGUAAUCGGGUAAUUAUCUGUUAACCGAAAUUUAAUUUUACCCACAUCUAAA